CAAAUAUUUAAUAACAAAUUUAAGAACAUACUUAUAUAAUUGUAUAAAUAUAUUGUAGAAAAAUAAAAUAUUGUUUCUUUAUAUAUGUAUUAAGUAAUACAAACAGAAAUCAUGGGAAAAGAGAGUGAAUCUGAUACCUCAAAGAAGAGAAGAAAAUCAGUCAGUGGAAAUUCUGGAGUAUCUCUUAAAGAUGGAGAUAUGUAUAAGGCUAUAAUAAGUUAUGAGGAAAAGGAAGCUAUGGAACGUUUACCAGAGAACGACUCAGAAAACUUUUUAUCAACUUGUGACAGUAUACGUAAAGCGAUGAAUAAAAUAGCAAAGUUGAAAAGCUCCAAUGAUCCAAGUACCAAAGAUGAAAUACAUGAGCUUCAAGUUCAAACGUCAUUAGCAUUUAUUGAAUUGAAGAAAUUAAAUAGAAUGGAAAAAUUUCGUACAAAGUUUGCAAGAGAUUCUCUUGUAUCUUCGAAGAGCAGUGUCGACAGUAGGCAUUUACAUUUACAAAAUUUGUUAUAUGAAGUGAUGCAUUUGAAAAAGGAAGUUAUUAAAUGUCUACAAUUUAAAUCUAAAGAUGAGUUAAUACAACUGGUUUCAGAAGAAGAAUUUUAUAAAGAAGCACCUGAAAGUAUUUCUAGACGGGAUAUAACAGUAAACAAUCCUCAUCAAUUGAGAUUAGCACGUUUAGAAUGGGAAUUAACACAAAGGAAACAGUUAGCUGCAUUAUGUGAUGAAUUGUCGGAAAAUAAGAAAGCAGUAGCGUUAAGUAUAGAUUCUAAGCAAACCAGGCUUGAUAAUCUUGCACCACAACUUCGUUCAAUACUAGAAGCAAGUAAGCCGCUACAAGAAAGUCUUGGUUUGCCAUUGGAUAAAAUUAGACAAGAACAUUACAAAGCAACGUUACUUCCUUCACCAUUAUAUGUUCUUUAUGCAAAAGCAUCUGCAUACAGAGACGCAUAUGAUAACUCUAUAACGGUAAAAGUGGAAGGUGACGAAGAAGAAGCAAAGCGUGCAAAUAAUCAAGACGGUUUGCAAGAAUCUGACUCUGAUCCUGAAAAUGUCUCUGAGAAUAUUAUCGAAGAAACUCCUGUGCAUAAAAAGCGACAUCAUAGGUUGUCCAGAGAAGCCAGACAGGAAGAAAAAAGGACUAAACUAGUUCAGAGACAUCCUUUGCACGUAAAAAUUGUUAUUAAACUGAAAAAUUUAUUUUCAGAUGAAACAAAGCUUACGUUACAGUUCUUUUAUAUGAUGGUUUUGAAAGUUGUGACUGUAGAAUCAAAAUUGAAAACUGAAGGAGUUGGGAGUACCAAUACCGGGGAUAUGUUGGUGUCAGAAUCAAUUUUACGUGAAUUGUAUCCAAGAGAUUUGGGAUUAGAAAGUCCAAAUCCUGCUAACUGUUAUCAAUUAGGUCGGCAUAACUUAGGACAGUUUGCAUCACUUGGAUUAGGAAUUCCAUAUAAAUGGGCGCAACGGAUGGCAGGAUUGCAUUUCAUUUCGCCCGAUUCACGUGAACAAGUGCCUACAAGUUCUGAAUUAAUACAAGACAACGUCGAAAGCGUACUGAGAGAAAUUAAAAGACGUGUGAAAGCAAGAUUAGAGUUGUGUACAGAGAUUCGACAACUAGAAUCUGGAAAUUUACCACCCUAUAGUACUACUAAUGAUGUACCACAGAAACUUAGUACAAUUUUACAAAAAUUCACAACAAUCUCCUGGAAUAAUUAUUCUAAUUCCAUUAAUCGUGCUCUCGAACAACAGGGAUUAGUAUCUUCAUUGGAUAUGUUUUAUGAAGCUGUACUUCGCAGAGGAAGUAAUGAAUUAAUAACAAAAAUAGCCAUAAAAGCAGAUUACCCAAAAAUAGCCCCAGUCUUUAGUAUAAACAUGAAUUCAACACUACCAGUACAUGGAGAUAUUUUGAGAGAUAUGGAAAGGGAAGUAAAUGUUAUGUGGACAAAAUCACCAACACUGUCUGCACAACUUCAGCGAUUAAGAGCCUGUUUUGAUAUUUAUUUGGAAACAGAAAAUAUCGUAUCAAAAGAGAAAAUAUUUUUCCAUGCUGUUAAAGGUCGCACUAGAGCUAGACCGUAUAAAUAUUUAGAAUUAGGUGGUGGAAUUUUUAUUCACCGUUAAUAUGAUUUCGUACAAAUCAAUAUAUAUAAAUAAAUACACUUUUAUUGAAA